CGGCGCAAAGUUAGAGACGUAGUCCGGGUGCUGUCUGUAUUGUACACCGCAAACCCACAGCAACUGUUUUAAAACACAUUUUCCCCAUCCUAGUCCAGGUGGCAACACUGACGGUUCAAGAUGUCGGUCGCAGGAUUUAAGAAGCAAUUUUACAAAGCAAGUCAGAUGGUGAGUGAGAAAGUUGGAGGUGCAGAGGGAACCAAACUAGAUGAAGACUUCAAGGACCUCGAGAGGAGAGCAGAUGUGACCAGCAAAGCAGUGGUGGAUGUCAUUAAUAAAACAUCAGAGUACCUCCAGCCCAAUCCGGCAUCAAGGGCUAAGCUUUCCAUGCUCAACACAGUGUCCAAAAUCCGUGGGCAGGUGAAGAGUCCAGGCUACCCCCAGCCUGAGGGCCUCCUGGGAGAGUGCAUGACAAAGUAUGGACGGGAUAUGGGCGAGGACACCAACUUUGGUGGGGCUCUAGUAGACUUUGGUGAGUCAAUGAAGAGAAUGGCCGAGGUCAAGGACUCUCUGGAUAUUGAUGUGAAGCAGAACUUUAUUGAUCCACUGCAAGCAGUUGCUGAGAAGGAUAUCAAAGACAUUCAGCACCACCUGAAGAAGCUUGAGGGCCGCCGUCUGGACUAUGAUUAUAAAAAGAAACGUCAAGGUAAAAUCCAAGAGGAAGAGAUCAGGCAGGCCCUGGAGAAGUUCCAUGAGUCCAAAGAACUGGCUGAAAGCUCCAUGCACAACCUGCUGGAAACAGAUGUGGAGCAGGUGAGUCAGCUGUCUUCUUUUGUGGAGUCUCUGGUGCAGUACCACAGACAGGCCUUGCAGGUCCUGGAGGAUCUCUCUGACAAACUGAGACAAAGGGUGACUGACGCUCAGUCUCGUCCAAGGCGCGAAUACACACCGAAACCCCGACCAGCCUUCGACUAUGGGGAGGAAGAAAAUUCUAAUGGAGGAUACUCCGUAGCUGCAGGGAGCCCCCCAGCUUAUUCUCCCGCCCCAGCACAAAAUCCAGCUCCAUUCUUCCAAAGAGCCUCCAUCAAGAGCAGACGGCCUGAGCCAUGUUGUAAAGCCCUGUAUGACUUUGAGCCUGAGAACGAGGGAGAGCUGGGCUUCCACGAGGGCGACAUCAUCACCUUGAUCAGUCAAAUCGAUGAGAACUGGUUUGAGGGAACUCUUCGUGGCAAAUCAGGAUACUUCCCCAACAACUAUGUUGAAAUGGUGGUGCCACUGCAACACUGAAAACAGCCAGGCAAGAGGGGGCAGCAGGAUGGAGAGGAUGAAAAGUGGGGGAUGAUGGAGGAUUAUCAGCUCUCAGUAAUCAAAAUAUAUCUUUUCUUUAUUGUAACUUAAGGGUAGCCGUCUCAAGACAGGGACCUAUUUUUUGUAUCUUGAGUAAAUAGCUUUUUUCCAAAUUCAGUUAGAUUUUGUUAAGAUUUAAUGAAUGUUUUUAAAAGUGGAAGGAAAGUUCAAUCAGAAAAUAGGCAGCAUACUGUUUGGGCGCAUUUACCAUAUCCUGUGUCCUUACAUGCAUUCUCUAUGCACCUAUGCACUUUGUACACUACACCUCCAUCACCAGGACUGAUGAAGAAAGACCAAGAGAGAAUGACAUCUGUAAUGACAUGUCCAGCAGUAGCAACAAACACUAAGAAGUGUAACUCCUUCAUUCUAAUAUUCCUAACCUAUUUUCUAUUCACAAGAGAACAUGUAUUGUAUUGUUGAUAUUGGUACGACACACAAGCAUGUGUACACAUGCUUUCUUCUAAGGGCUGUUUUCUACACUCCCAGUUCUCACUCCUGUGCCUUUGGGCUUUAAGUACUGUUGUCGAUGCAGACUAGUUAGUCAACAUGGAGGACUGGCUGUCUUUUAUCGAGGUGUGAGACUAUCCUCCACUGCCACCUGGUGGUACUUGAGAUCAUUCUUAGCUAUCGGUUUGAGUGGCACUGUCACGUGGCCUCUGUUAUGUCUUUACCAAAUCCCUGUUGUGUGGCGCGUCUUAUGUUUUAGUGUGGAGAAACUGUGAGGUAGUUUUAUGAACAUUAGGUAAGUUUUGUUUAGAUGAGAAAAUCUGUUAAAUAGUUGAUGUCUAAAGAGCUGGAAGGCAUCCAUAAAUAUGCUUAGUUUUAUUACCUUUAUCACACAAAUUGUUGCACAGUUGUCUCUUCUCUUAGAGCUGAUGCCAAAGAAAGGUUGCACUAAUUCCUGAUCCUCACAAUGCUGUAGUAUUUGAGAUGAUUGCAUGCAAACAUAUUCUUAUUUACUUCACAUUUUAGAGAAGAAAAGCAGAAAUUUGUUUCCAUCACAGUGCAACCCACAACAAUGUAAAAUGACUCACCCCCAUGCGAAAUACUUUGCAGCAUCAAACCAAAGCCAUAAGUGUACAUCUCUCAGUUCCUCUAUUUUCUCAGGCUCUAUUGAUACUGCUGGCAGUGUCACUCACAAUGAUCUGUGGGCUUUUACCCAACUGUGUGUUAAUGAAUUUUCAGUCUGUGAUUUGUUUUCCCCCCACAGUGCUGGGGUAGGCUUGGCUUUAGUGCUCUACCCAGUAAUCUGGAGCAUGGAAAUUAAUCUGAUGUGUGAUUGGGUGUGUUUGUACCUGCCUCAGUUUUCAGGCUGAAACUGUGCACCGGACCUGACAGAAAUGCAAUCUCCAAACCAUUGUGUACAGCGUUUACUAAUAAUGAGGAAGGGCUGUACACAAUAGCCGGUUUCAGUUUCAAUUAUGCGUCUUACAAGAUGACUAUGAACCGUGAGGGGUUUGUUGCUGUUCACUAAAAUGCCAACUUUCUCCCCUUGUCAUGAUCCCCUUGUUAGCCCCCUCCCCCAAAUUCAUCCCUCCCAUCUCUGUUAAAACUGGGAGUGGAACAGACAGGUCUUUUGAGGAGGGAAGGGUGCACAGCAGUCUAUUAUGCCCUCCCUCCCCCACUGGUCUUUAUUCACCACCUGCCCCUGUACCCCUACCCCCUUUCUCAUUUUCUGCCCCAUCCCAAUCCCAUGGUGCCUCUGGAGCUCCAGGUCCAUCCCUGGAAUAAUCUCCUCGUUGUUAUCAUAGCAUGUGCCUCUUAAGUGUUGUGUUUGCAUGUUAUUCAUGUUAUGUAUUGGGGUCAGGGGUUUUGGCUGUGCACAGUAAUAACCGUGGUUCAGGUGUGGGUUUACAUGCCUCAUUACACUAAAUCAAAAGCACAGAAUUCAAGGGGGGUUAGGAGGGUCAGGGGUUCAGAUUGAGCUAUUAUGGAUCUUGCAUUAUAUUGAUGAUGAAUAAUGUUGUGGAACAAAGGACUGAGAUCAAUUUAUUUGUGUGCCACUGCGGUUACAGCUCCGAAUGCUGCGACUGACAUUGAUUGCAACACUACAUUCUGUGAUGUCUCCUAUUGCAUCCACACCUAUACCUGUCUCCACUUUGCAAUAUUAAUGAAGUAUUAUCAGUUGUUAAAGCUUUAUUUUAUUAUGCCCAAUGUUAAUGGAAUUUUCUGUGUUAAAAUGUAACCGCUUUGCAUGUGUCUUCAUUACAGUUCUUGUGUCUUCCACAAUGCCUUAUUUUUGUAACUGUGACACUGUGGGGAGACUAAAAGUGGGAUUAUCCUGGAUUAUCUUUAGGGAUAUGUGGAUUACCUCUGUACUAAAUGUAGUCUGUGUAUUGUAGCUAUAUUUUUGUUACCAUGUAAAGGGGAAUGGAUACUGUUUGUUUGCUUCUUCAAAUAAAUAUUAGGUAAUUUGAUUCUCAGUGUGUCCUUACUGACAAUUACAAGCCUGCAAUUGUAUUAGUCGGUUUUAAAUGUAUAGAA